GCUCCUCCUCUGUGGAGCUUCUCGGGCGAUCGAGCGAUUGUCUCACACUUAUACAAAAAAAAAAAAAAAAAAAAAAACUUCCAAGACUUCCUGAACUUCCCUACUCUAUGAGGGCUAAAGGACUUAACCGAUGGCGGAUGCAAGCGAGAUAUAAAACCGAGUUUGGUACUGAUGACCGACCAGGCGGACGUACUUCUGACCCCGUUAUCCACUCCAGAGCAACUUCCCUGCAAGGACUCUCGGGGGAAAAGCUCGACGUCUGAAGUGGACAAUGGAGCUGAGAGGAGACAGAGAAGGCGUGGACGGACACCUGCAGACCUCAGGCUUCAGCUAGACAUAGAGUCAGACCCCCCAGAAAGCAGGAAGAAACCAACUGGCCUGAGACUGAAACCUGCAGAGCAGCUUUCUCCAAUGCCGAGUCUCUGUGACUUUGAAACAAAGUUUGAGCGGAAGAAAUCGCAGCCGAACCAUUUAUCGAAGACAAAUGUGCAUUAUCACAAGUUAUUCAAGGAAGUCAGCAGAGAUGAGUUAGUCAAACAGAGUUACACCUGCGCCCUGCAGAAAGACAUUUUAUAUCAGGGAAAAAUGUUCGUCUCUGAUAACUGGAUCUGCUUUCACUCCAAAGUCUUUGGCAGGGACACCAAGAUUUCAAUCCCAGUGAUGUCGGUGAAAUUCAUAAAAAAAACUAAAACUGCCUUGUUGGUGCCAAACGCUCUUGUGGUUGAAACUACAAUUGAUCAGCAUGUGUUUGUGUCGUUCCUCUCUCGAAACACCACAUUCAAACUUCUGAAAUCCAUCUGCCUUCAUUUGGAGAUGCUGUCAUUGCAGGUGGAUAAGCCUUGUAGCAGCCCAGUUACUUCCUCCUGUGAAAACAGCUUCAGAGCUGGCUGCCCGUCAUCACUUCCUCUGGACUUUUCUGGAGAUUUCUCUGACCUCGAUGGAGUCGUGCAACAGAGACGGCAAGAUAUGAUGGAGAGCAGCAGUUCUGGGUCUCAGACUCCAGAUUAUGACAAAAUACGUGAUUUCACCGGCCUACAAGACCCAUUUCUAAGUGCAGUGAAGAGCAGAAAAGUUUCAGUCCAUGCAGACAUUCACCUUCAGAGUCCAAGCCAAAAACAUGGCACCACCCUCAAGAACGGCUCAGUCAACCCAACUCGUGGACCCCCACCGAAGGUCAAAUCCUCACAGCCAAAGUCCUUAUACAUGAUACUCCUCAUUUAUUUAUUUUUAGUCAGCAUUCUUGUCUUAUCCUCCUGUUACAUGGCUUUUAAGAUUGUGGCUCUUGAGCAUCGCUUGAACUCCAUGUUGUCAGUGGGAGAACACAUUCGCAAUGAAAAUAGUGUAAGCCAAAGGCUGCAGGAUGAAGUGAAUGCUGAGAUCUACGGGGAACUGUCUACCAACUUGUUCAAGCUAGAGAAGAUUCAAAGAAACCUCCAGAAGCUCCUGGAGGAGACCUAAAAGAAGACUGUUUUUCUGUUUGCCAGUCCAGAAGGAAGCUUUGCUGUUAAUUAGAGAUGCUGUUUGAGCUCUUUGGAGCAGCAGUGAGCACAUUUGGUGGCUCUGCUGCCAAAACAUGGACAGCAAAUACAGAAAGCUUUGCCUAGAAAGCUGUGUGAAAGUUUGUAGUGCAAUAAUAGCCUCUUUCUGCUGUUCACUCAGGACUUUUUUUAUCCCUUAUUUUAAACAAAGCUGUGCCGAAGCUGUGUGGUAGUGCUAGUGAAGCAAGAAUGGCGUAUUUAUCUAAGAGCUUGUAGCUUGUUUUAUUUCUUCAAAGGUUCAAAGGUCCAAUACUAGUGUUUUUAAACACUUUCUAAGAGGUCAAACAUUUGUUUUUAGAUGUUUUUGCUUGUAGUGCAAAUAAAUUAUAUUAAUGUAAAGUGUAUAAAUUACUGAUGUGGGAUUUUUGCUCAGUAGGUAAACUCUUUCUCUAUAAAUAGAAAAUGAUGGUGCCGUUGUAAAUAAAGGUGUGUAGUUUGUCCUGUUAAAACAUUUCCAAAUAACUUGUGAGAACAACUGACUUAAUAUGUAUAUUUGCUGUAAAUGUUUUACUGAAAUACUUAACAUGAAUUAUUGAAAGACAUUUUUUAACCAUGAGAGAAUUAUGUUUAUGAAAUUAACAACUUGAAGCCAUCCUGUGUGAAGCUGUAACGUUAGAGUUGGUCAAUAAUUUCUGGAAAAUGUUCGGUUUACAUUUAAACCACAAAGCGUUUGUGCCUUUAACUCCUGCAGUGAUUGUAUUUCAGCCCUGAAAUAAACUCCUUUCACUUUG